GUUUCACCAAUGACCUGCGCUUGUUUCAGUCGGCGCCGGUGUAAGGUUUUUUGUAAUCUUUGGUAUCUUGUUGUUUGAUAUUUUUAAGAAUGCGUCCUACCCGACGUCAGUCAUAUAUUCGUGAACAGUGUCCCGAUUUAGAUAUGUCAACUAAAUCUAUCACGAGUACUGAUCCUAACCAGUCUGGUUCAUUAUUGCCUGCUCAGUCACCUGUUCAAUUAAGAAAACGUGGUCGACCAAGUAACAGGAAGUUAGUUCAUUUUAAUCAGAAUUCAUCAAAUGGAUCAUCUGAUCCUAAACAUAUCAAUAAUAAUUUUGAAGAAAAUUCAUUAACCAAUGAAAAUCAAAGAUAUUAUAUCAAUAAAAAAAUGAAUCAAUCCACUUUAUAUUCUUCAAGUUCAGAUGAUUCAAAUUUACAUUAUCCACAUCGUGUAUUACGUCCACGUAGAUCAACAUCAAAUUAUUAUCCACAAAGAAAAAGACGAAAACAUUUACGUUGUGAAAUAACUAAAAAAUCAUUAUCUACUCAUCGAAAUAUUCAAUAUAAUGUACAAACUAAUUCAUUACAAGAUAAUUUAUCCAUUAACAUUAAACCAUGUACACAUUCAAUAAAAGUUGAAGAAGAUCAUAAUAAUGCAAUGCUUGAAGAUGAUGAUGGUGUAGAUGAUGUUGAUGAUGAAGAAGAAGAUGAUCAUGAUGAACAACAAACAAGACGUUAUCCAGUACGUAAUCGUAAGAAUACUAUUGUUUACCAGGUUGAAAAUUUGCAGAAUAAUCAUAGUAAUAGUAACAAUCAUGGUGUUCAACAACAUCAAAGAAACUGGUUAGCCGGUACAGGUUAUCAUAAAGAAAGACGAUCACGUCAAUUGAAAUCCAAGCAUCGUAAAAAUUUAGAACAUUGUGGUUCAAGUAGUAGUAGUACAUCGUCUUCUUCAUCAACAUCAUCAUCAAGAUCUCAUAUUUCUGAUAGAUUAUUCUGUAAUCGUAAUAGUUGGCAUAAUCGUUGGCAUUGUUCUUCCACUAAAGAGAAUAAUGUUCCAUUAACAGUUGAUAAAGAUGAAAAACGUUUUCAACGUCGUAUUAAUAAAAGUAUUAUACAUGCUAGAUCAGAGCUUAUGCCUAUAAACAGUCAUCAACUUGGUUAUGAAAAUAAAUCCACGGCAGGAAAUCGAAGUUUUUCUACUACUUGCUUGGCAGAUAUCGAACCAAUGUCUAUUGAUUCAUCUGUCGGGUUCGAACAAGUUGGGGGGCAUGAAAAACAUAUAUUAGCAUUGAAAGAAAGUAUAAUUCUACCGCUAAUGUAUCCUGAAGUGUUUUCAAAAUUCAAUGUAGAUCCACCUCGUGGUGUACUGUUUUCAGGACCUCCAGGUACUGGUAAAACACUGUUAGCCAGAGCUCUUGCAAAUGAAUGUAGUCGUUUAGCUCAAGGUAGCAAUGAUAAUAAUAAUAAUACCGUAAAACAACGUCGUCCUAUUGCGUUUUUUAUGCGUAAAGGAGCAGAUUGUUUAUCUAAAUGGGUUGGUGAAUCUGAACGUCAAUUAAGAUUACUAUUUGAUCAAGCAUAUCGAAUGCGUCCUUCAGUAAUUUUUUUCGAUGAAAUUGAUGGUUUAGCUCCUGUUCGAUCUUCAAAACAAGAUCAAAUUCACUCCAGCAUUGUUUCCACUCUUCUCAGUUUAAUGGAUGGUUUAGAUAAUCGUGCUGAAGUUGUGAUUAUUGGUGCAACAAAUAGACCAGAUGCUAUUGAUCCGGCCUUACGACGUCCUGGACGAUUUGAUCGUGAAUUCGUAUUUACAUUACCAACAGAGGCAGUUCGACGUCGUAUACUCGAUGUGAUUACUGCAAAAUGGGACUCAAAACCAGAUUCAUUGUUACUUGAUCAAAUUGCUGCAGCAACGAUCAAUUUCUCCGGUGCUGAUCUUAAAGCAUUAACUACAGAAGCAUGUUUAUGCUGUCUACGUCGAUGUUAUCCUCAAGUAUAUAGUAGUCAGGUGAAAUUAGCUUUGGAACAUAAAUAUUUAGUGGUCUCUCAUUCUGAUUGGUUUGAAGCAUUACAAAUUGUUCAUGCAUCAAGUGAACGCUUUGAUAGUGAUGUAUCAGCUUCAAAUUUAACACCAUCAACAAAUGCAUUAUCUUCUACUAUACGUACACCAUUAUCCCCGACAUUAGCCAAGUUAUUAUCACAUCAUGUUAAUAAAAUUGUAAAUUAUAUAACACGAAUAUUAUUAUUGACCAAUUCAAGAAAGUUUGGUUCCUUGAGUAAUAAUAAUAAAGAAUUAUCUUUAUUAUUAUCAUCAUCAUCACCGUCAUCAUCAACAGGCAUUGUAUAUGAUAAUGUUUCAUCGUGUAUUAUCAAAUCGAAAUUAUUCAUUCAUGGUAAUAUAUCUGAAAUUAUUAUGAAUGCUGUAUGGCAUAGAUUAGAGGCAUUACAUGUAUUCACACUUAAUUUGGCAAAUCUAUUUGCAUUCCCUACAAGUCUUGGAAUGUGUCCAGAAGCGGCUAUUGCACAAAUUAUCUCCUCUAUACGACGUACAUUAAAUAAUUCUUCUUUAACAACAUUCAAUAUGAAAUCUCAAUUAAUCAAUGGAAUUGUUAUUGUUUAUCUACCAUCAAUUGAUGUACUUCUUCAUAGUUUACCACAAUUAACUGCUUCUUAUCUUGUUGAUAGAUUAAAUGCAUUAGUAGAUGAAAUCAAUUGUGAAUUGAAUUAUAUUCCUUCAACAUUGAACAAUUCUGAUCAUUUAGAGGGCUCUUUAAACAACAACAGCAAUACUAAUAAUAAUCGAUUACAAUAUGCUACCAUGAAAACUUCACGUCGAUUAAUCAUUAUUGGAACGUGUACAAAACCACAACAACAAUAUUCUAAUUGUUACCCUCCAAGAAUUGUUCCACCUGUUAACAUUGAAAAACGUAAUUCACCUAUUAAACAGUGCAAUAAUAAUAAUAAUACGAGUACAACCCAUGAUAAUUGUGUAUCAAUAUUUCCUAAUUUAAUUGGAAAAUCAAAUGAUGUAAACUGUCGAGUCACUAGUGGUAUGAAUCUCAUCGAUAAAUCUAUAUCAUCAUCAACACAUUCAUUGCAUUUAAGAUCUUCACCAUCUUCGAUCGUUCCCAAUACAAUGCAUAAUAAUAAUAAUAAUGAUCUUAGUGGUAAUACUAAUACUAAUGGUACUACUACUACUGUUGGAUUGAAUGAACACUUAAUGAAAUAUACAUAUGAUCAUGAUUUAAAUAGUAUUAAAUUUCAAUUUACUAUUCAAUUACCAGAAUGUCAUAGAUCAUCAUCUAAUACUAAAAUGAAUUCUUACAUAACACCAACAUCAUUAAUGAAUACAGAUUUUAUUACAGAUAAUAAAGGGAAUACUACUACUAUUCAUGAUACUACUACUAAUAAUAAUAACAAUAAUGAUACUACUCAUAAUUACUUAUUGGAUUAUACAGAUUUAGAUAAUGAUUAUUUAAAAAAUAUUGAUAAUUCAUUAUAUAUAAAUCAUAUAUUACAUAAAAUAUUCAAUAGUAAUCAUACAGAAUUUAUGCAUUUAGAAUUACCUAAUAAAGAGGAAAGAUUAGCAUUUUUUACAUCAGUUAUUAUUAAAUGGCCUCAAUUAACAUCAAUUGAAUUAUUAGAUAUACGUGAUAAUAAAUCGAUUAUUCAACAAUUAUCUAAUACAAAAAUACCUAGUCCACAACCAGCUGUUGAAAAAGAUGAUGAUGUUUCAGGAAAGUAUAAAAAAGAUCGUUAUCCAGUAAAUCUUUCCCCUGAAGAAUUAGCUAUUAUUGAAUCUAGGGAAAUGCAAUUAUUUCGUCGUCUUCGACAAAUUCUACGUAGAGUUGUUGCACAUUUAGCAAGUUUUCGUCGUUUCACCGUAUUCACUAGACCAGUUCAAUUAGAUGAAGCACCGGAUUAUUAUGAUGUUAUUAAACAACCAAUGGAUUUAGGUCUUAUACGUGAUAAAAUUGAUUCACAUCAAUAUACUAAUGUAACUGAUUUCAUGAAGGAUGUAGAAUUAGUCUAUCUGAAUGCAUUGGAAUAUAAUCCACCGAAUAUACCACGAAGUCGAGAUAUUCGUUCUAGAGCAUCUGAAUUUUGGGAUGAAGCAUGUUUACGCAUGGAAGAAGAAUUGCAACCUGUUGAUUUGAAUGAAUUAUGUGAAGAGGCAACUCAAGCACGUGCAGCACGUUUGUCUCAUGCCCAACUAACUAAAACUUCUUCGACCUCGAUGCGUCAUUCAAAAGUCAAAGGAUCAGAACAUCAAUGCUUCAAGGGGACGGAUCAAACAUCUCAAGGGACUGGUGUGAAGCCAUCAUUACCUCUUCCACAAGGUUAUCGUUAUAGUCGGAGGUUGCAUGGUCAAUCACCUAUUCUAGAACUCAGUGAUAUUCUUCAAUUACAGUCAUCGAACAGGCGUCAUCGUACGACGUCAUCUAAUUCUUCAUUAAAAAGUCCAUCAAAGUUACAAUCAAGUGAAUUAGACUGCGAUAUUGAUACAUGGUCAUCUCCUGGACCUACUUUGAUAAAAUCAUUUGAAGAAAAUGAAUCUGAACCUUCUCAAUUGACAUCUAAUGAACAGUCGUCAAAUUUAUUUAAAUCACCACUUUCUGAAGAUUCAUAUAAUAGACCACGAUCCAGUCCAAAAUCUCAUGAUGAUCAAUCAUUUAAUCGAACACCAUCACCUACUCUUAAUAUUACUGCCAAUACUAAUACUAGUACUACUACUCCUACUCCUACUAGUACUUGUACACCAAUCCGAGUGGAUUUGAAAAAGUUAAAUCAUUUCCUUAAUGAAAUUGUUCUACAAACUGAUGGUUGGCCAACACUACAACUGAUCAAUUUACAUACAGAUUUUUCUAAUUUAAUAUUUUGUAAAUAUGCACAUGUUACUGAUAGAAUGUCAUUGUCAGAUGAUUUUGAGAAGAUAUUUGCAAUUUAUCAAAAUGCACACUUCUAAUUCUCCAUAAUACACAUACCAUAUUUAGGUGUUUUCUCAAUUCAUUAUAUUAAUAUUAUUAUGUUAACAUUUGUAAACCUCAGGUAGGUUUAGGUUAUUCUAUAUUUCUAUUUGUACAUUGGCAUUACCAAUACUAGAUAUAAUGGCAUAUAUAUAUAUAUAUAUCAUCAUCAUAUGUGGGCAGCUUUAUCAUUCUCUAAUACUUCCCCAUCAUGAUCACUAACAUGUCCACAUUCUUCUUUUGAUUAUAUUCUUGUUGUUAUUGUUUUGCUCUGCUCUCCUUCUCCCCCCUUUUUUUCCCUCCCUUUUUUUGCUAAUAAGAUUUUUUGUUUUGAUACAAUGAAUUAAUAAAUAGUUUUUGUGUAAUGCUUCUUAUUUCUUUUUUACUUGUCCUCUCAAUGUGUGAAUAGGCGUUUUAUAUGUUAAAUAGUUAUAUUUAUUUCUUAUUUGUAACCAUGUUAGGUAUUAUUAUUAUUAUUAUUAUGACUUUUACUAGUGUUAUUCUCUUGUUAUAAUGCAUCUAUUAUUAAACUUAUUAAUAAAUAAGAAGAGAAAGCUGGUUCCCCAAACAUAGACACAUAACAACGACAACAACAACUACACACACACACACCCAACAAGCAAAGUAAGUUUUAUAUGAAAGUUUGUUGCAUUUCUUCAUUCAUUUUUGUUUUGUCUCCUUGUGUAACACGAGUUACUACACAUUUCCUCUUUUUUUUCUUCUUCUUCUUGUUCUUCCCUCUUUGAAUCAAUCCUCAAUUCCAAGUGUACCUGUCUGUCUAUCUAUCAGUUUGUCUUUCUCUCUUACUCAUUGUUACUAUGGAUAUAGUUUAUUUAAGGGAUAUAUUAUUCAUCUGAAAAAUGUGUACAAUCUUAUUCUUAUUCUUUUAUUAUCAAUUAUUUUCUAGAAUAUUUCACUACUGCAUAACACUAUUACGUAAUACCACUAUUACUUAAUAGUAAUAAUAUUGAAUUCUAUAUUGGGAAUAUAUAUAUUAUUUAGGUUUAAGCUCCCCCUCUCUCUGAGUUUGUUUUUGUCCUAUCUGUUUCUAUCUAUCUAUCUAUGUGUAUAUGUAUAUGUAUUGUAGGUAAUUUUCUCAAUUAUUGAUUUAUUGUGAACUUUGUUCUCAUUAAGCACUUUAUAUUAAUUUAUGAACCAAAAAGAAAAAAAAAGAACGAAAAGAAAAAACAAGCCAGCAACCAAUUAUUAGUAAUUUUAUAUUAAUAUAAAAAUAGGUAUUAUUCAAUUCUUUUUUUUAGGUGAAUUUUUCUUUCUUUUGUACUUUUACAAUAAUUAAAUGUUGAUUACGUAAUCAUUGUUGUUGUU